AUGAAGUCUUACAUUCCAGUUUUCAUUCUUCUGUGGAGUGCUGUUGGGAUUGCAAGGGCUGCCAAAAUCGUUGUUGUGCCGCCAAUUAUGUUUGAAAGCCAUCUCUAUAUUUUCAAGACCCUGGCCUCAGCCUUGCACGAGCAAGGCCACCAGACAGUUUUCCUCGUGUCUGAGGGCAGAGAAAUCCCUCCAUCUAAUUACUAUAGACUGCUGCGAUACCCAGGGAUCUUUAAUAGCACCACCUCCGAUGAGUUUCUUCAGUCCAAAAUGAGGAAUAUAUUUUCUGGGAGAUUAACAAUUCUGGAACUCUUUGACAUCCUGGAUCACUAUACCAAGAACUGUGACAUGAUUGUGGGCAACAAGAAACUGCUCCAUGCCAUGAAACGGGAAAAAUUUGACCUGCUGCUAGUGGAUCCUAAUGAGAUGUGUGGAUUUGUUAUUGCUCAUCUGUUAGGGGUUAAAUAUGCUGUUUUUUCCACUGGCCUUUGGUAUCCAGCAGAAGUAGGUGCUCCAGCACCUUUAGCAUACGUUCCAGAAUUUAAUUCACUUCUCACAGAUCAUAUGAAUUUGCUCGAGAGGAUUAAGAACACUGUUGUUUAUCUGGUUUCAAGAUUUGGAGUCAGUUUUUUGGUUCUGCCAAAAUAUGAAAGGAUAAUGCAGAAGUACAGUGUACAGCCAGAAAGGGCCAUGUAUGAACUGGUUCAUGAAUCCAGCCUGUGGAUGCUGUGUACGGAUGUAGCAUUAGAAUUUCCAAGACCCACACUACCAAAUGUUGUGUAUGUGGGAGGAAUCCUUACCAAACCAGCCAGUCCUCUACCAGAAGAUCUCCAGACAUGGGUGGAUGGUGCUAAUGAAAAUGGCUUUGUACUUGUUUCAUUUGGAGCAGGAGUGAAAUAUUUGUCUGAAGAUAUAGCACAUAAAUUGGCACAUGCUCUGGCAAGACUUCCUCAAAGAGUUAUUUGGAGGUUUUCAGGAAAUAAACCUAGGAAUUUAGGCAACAAUACAAAACUCAUAGAAUGGUUACCACAAAAUGAUUUGCUUGGUCAUUCUAAUAUUAAGGCCUUCCUUAGUCAUGGUGGUCUGAACAGCAUUUUUGAAACUAUGUACCAUGGUGUACCUGUGGUAGGAAUUCCUCUCUUUGGAGACCAUUAUGACACUAUGACCCGAGUUCAGUCCAAAGGCAUGGGGAUAUUACUAAACUGGAAGACUAUUACUGAGGAUGAAUUAUAUGAAGCUUUGGUGAAAGUUAUUAAUAAUCCCAGCUACCGACAACGGGCUCAGAAGCUGUCUGAAAUUCACAAAGACCAACCUGGUCAUCCUGUUGAUCGAACCGUCUACUGGAUUAAUUAUAUCCUUCGGCACAAUGGAGCACACCAUCUACGUGCUGCUGUUUACACCAUAUCUUUAUAUCAGUAUUUCUUAUUGGAUGUUGCCUUUGUUAUACUGCUUAGUACUGCCUUACUCUGCUACGUUUUGGCCAGGAUAGCAAAAUUUGUCCGCAAGCAAAGUAAACAUCUUUGGUCUGUUGAUGAACACACUACUGUUAAUGGACAUUACCAAAAUGGGAUACCAAAUGGCAAGUAUAGAAGAAAUGGCCACAUUAAACAUGAAAAAAAGGUGAAAUGAGCCAACUACCCUAUGUACAUUAGCAGAGAAUCAGUUCUAGAAUUGAAUUUUAUAGCUGUAACUUAGUUUAACACCUACCUAAAGUAAAACCUCAAUAAACAGUUCUAACGCUCCCCUACAGUAUGUAAUCUUAUGCAAUUAAAUUCUACAGAACUAAAGAAACACUUUAAAAAAAAAAAACAAAGCACAACCUAAAAUGCAAAAUGUAUUUUAUUCUUAAUACUGAUGCAGAAAGGUUAUUCUGGCACUGAAGUUUAGAAGCCUUAAUUCUAUGAUGUAAUUCAGUAAGUAUAUUUAUGGACUCUCCAUUUGUGAAUCUAGACAUAUAUGUCCCCAAUAAGAAAAGGUUUCCCAUUACUUGCAAAGGUAUUUCCUAUUUUCCUAGACUCAAUCUUACGUUAGAGGAGAGAGCUUUGUUGUAUUUCUCUAAGGUUCAAUGAUGUUACUUAAAGUCAUCUUUUCUGGAGUUUGGUACACAGCAGUUAAUCAACUGCUGGAUCAAAAUGCAGCCAUAUAAAUCAUAUUCUGAAAAAGCACCAAAGAAUAUGAUACUAAUACACCAGACUUUUGAUAGACUAUUUAACUUUUCUUUACUUUUCCAUUUCUGUGCAGAAAUGGAAAUUGCACAAGAGUACAGUAAGCUGUAAUUUUAUAUUUAUGUAUACUUUAGCUGUAUUUUUGCCUUUCCCUUAUAACUAUAAUUUUUGCCAUUAUAUGGGUAUUUUACUCCAGGAAUUAAAAGGGCUGUGUGAAUAGAUUGGAUAGUUAACAAAAAUAAAUGAAGUGCAGGGGAAAAAAUAUUCCCCAGGCUCUUUGGAGAAGGUUUUGCCAUAUCCCUUGAGCAACGCAGAAUCAAACCACUUUGGAGGUUUGAUAUAACGUUGAACGUCUUUCCUUUUAAUUACUGCAUUAUUGCUAUGGAUAUUAUUACAAUUAAGUUUUUCCCUAAAUCACAGUGUUUCAGAGGUUCACUUUGAAUAGUUCUGUUUGUGCUCCUUAUACUGGUCUGGGUCACAAAUCCAUGUUACAUAGUUGCCAACAUCAGUUCUUGGAAUAAAACGGAGGCAAUCUAUUGGUCAGUUGCCGCUAUCUUAGAGGUUUGAUUUCAUGUAUGACGUUAAACCUGAUUAGGACGUUUGCCUCUUCCCAUGUCCACAACAGCCCUUCAGCACAACACUCUUUGAAUCACUGUACUGAUACAGGACUUUUCUGGCUUUAACACAAAGAAUGGGAACGCAGGGCAUUGGACAUAAAAUCAGGACUGUCCUGUUGAACCAGCGUUGGCAACUAUGAGUUUAUUAAUUUUCAUGUCAUUCUGUUUACUUGGAAUUUGCACUACACAUGUUGUGAGUGUAUACUUUAUUUAUUUACAUUUUGAAAAUCCCAUGUCUGACAGCAGUGGGGGGUGGGGGGAGUCCAUUUAAUGAGUAUUGUUCACUAACAUGGGAAACGUUCUGAAACAAUACAGAAUGCUAAGAUCAUCUUUGUACACGGUGACAUGAAAUUUCAUUUUAUCCCAUCAGGAGCCUCAAUCUUAAUAGCAAUAAAGUAGCACUGCAAAUAUGUUUCUAAUAUUCAGUACAAGCAAUUGUACUGCUUUCCAGAUACUUGAAGAAAAUAUUAUAAAUAAGCCUGUUAGCUUUAUCUUUUUACAAUCCUGUCAAUACGUGGCAACUAAAGGAACACAUAGAGGCAAUGAAUGGUGGGAGAGUGACAGAACCUAGAGUGUAUGGAUGAGUUGGUUUUAAUGUUUUUCGUAUUGAAGAAAGUACACAAGCACUGACCGGAUGAUUAAGAAUAAUUUAAUCUCCACUGUGAUAAAAACUUAAGCA